GAAUAACGUAAUAAGAGGCGGGACAGGGGACUGCAUAAGUAAAAAUAUGAAACGUGCAAUGAUUUGUCAUUAGUUUGAAAUAUUAGCAAAUUAUUAUCUCAAAUAUUUCAAGUAAUAGUAGCUAUUACAGUAUGGCGAUUGGCGACGAAGUAUAAUCCGGAAUUUGAAUUUGAAUACAAUCGAGUGAAUCGCUUUUUUCUUAGAGAGUUUCACAAUAUUAUUCGCAGUCAGUAGUCACAGAACACUUUUGUCUUUUAAUCUGUUCGCAGUCGCAGUUUCCCUAGGCUAGAGCACAGAACACUUACUGGCUAGAGCCAUAGAGUUACUUAUUAUGGACUGGAGCCUACUAACUUCUAAGCUUGUAGACCCUGAUUACUAUUACUCACUAUUACUAUUUACUACUAAUUCUUCAAGACUCAAGUUCAAAAGUUAUAAGUUGGAAGUGGAACAGAAAUUACAAAUUAUUUUAUAUUAAAUAAGAAUAAGGUAAAUAAGUAUAUAAUCAAUUAUUCUAAGUGCGAUGCGACGUCGGGAUGAAAAAUUUCCAGAGAAUGGAUUUGAGGCUUGGGGCGGCUACAUGCAUGCAAAGGUUUCAAAAUUGAAAGAACAAUUUUCCUCAAAAGCCGCUGCAGAAAUUAGAGUCUCUAAUAUUUUUAACGGAAUUAGUAUAUUUGUUAACGGUUUCACUAUACCAUCAGCUGAUGAACUCAAAGAACUUAUGGUCCAACAUGGAGGUGUAUAUCACACGUAUCAAACAAAUGAUGAUUUUAUUAUAGCUUCUAAUUUGCCUGAUACAAAAGUAAAAAAUAUGUCUUUGUCUAAGGUUGUUAAACCAGAAUGGAUAACAGAUAGUAUAAAAUGUAAUUGUUUGUUGGACUAUAACAUCUAUUUACUUUAUAGUAACAAAAGAACACAACCUAAGUUGAAUUUUAAUAGGCUCAAUAAGACUGAAAGUACACCAAAUUUUGAAAAUGAUAAUACAACAGUUUAUGAGGAAAGCAAGGCAAAUGCUAUCAUAAGUGAUGAAAAUACUAACAACAAUCAGUUGUUAGAUACUAAUCACAAGCCAAAUAAACUGCAGCAGGAAACAAAACAGUGCAACAUUGCUAAAACUGCAGUAGAUCCAAAUUUUAUCUCUGAAUUCUACAACAACUCAAGACUGCAUCAUAUUUCACAAUUAGGAGCAUCUUUUAAGCAAUAUAUUAAUGAUUUGAGAGAUGAAAGUAAUUAUCUAUUCCCAGCUCGGGUACAUUUAAGUGAAAAAAUUAGGUUUAUAAAUAAGCAAAGUACAUACUCUAUUAAUUUUGAGUACAAUAAAAUAAUAAUGCACAUUGACAUGGAUUGUUUUUUUGUCUCCGUUGGUUUGAGAAGUAGGUCUGAUUUAAAAGGAAAACCAAUUGCAGUUACUCAUUCAAAAGGUGGUCAGAGUCAAAAGCGCCCUGGUGUUGACAGAAAUGUUGAGUUUAAUCUUUAUAAACAAAGACAAGCUGCAAAGUGGUCUAAAGUGUCAGAAACAUCAGAAAAUAAUAUUGAAACUCGUGUAGACAACAUAGGAGAUGAAGGAGAUAAAUUUGGAUCAAUGAGUGAAAUAGCUUCAUGUUCUUAUGAAGCUAGAGAAAAAGGUGUUAAAAAUGGUAUGUUCAUGGGAGCAGCUCUACGGCUAUGUCCAGAUUUACAAACAAUUCCUUAUGAUUUUGAUGGAUAUAAAGAAGUAGCAUACACUUUGUACAAUACAAUUGCUCAGUACACAUUGGACAUAGAGGCAGUGUCUUGUGAUGAAAUGUAUGUUGAUUGCACCACUCUUUUAAAAGAUUUAAAUGUAGAUGUUGUUGAUUUUGCAACAGUGUUAAGAGAAGAAAUAAAAGAAAAAACAGGAUGUCCUUGCUCUACAGGUUUUGGUGGAAAUAGAUUACAAGCGAGACUAGCCACUAAAAAGGCUAAGCCCAACGGUCAAUUCUUUUUAACUAGUGAUUUAGUUGAGGAUUUUAUAUUUAAUAUCAGUUUAAAAGAUUUGCCUGGUGUAGGCAGACAAAUAUCUCAGAAAUUAGAAUCAUUGGGUCAUUACACAUGUGGCUCUUUACAGCAAUUGACUUUAGCUCAUUUACAAAAGUAUUUAGGAAAUAAAAUUGGAUUGCAAUUAUUUAACCAAUGCCGAGGACGUGAUUUAAAUAGUCUUACAUUUCAUGUUGUCCGAAAGUCUGUUUCAGCUGAAGUUAAUUACGGCAUCAGAUUUGAAAACAAUGAGCAAUGUUACAAUUUUAUUAAACAAUUGUCAGCUGAAGUACAUUCACGAAUGGAACAAUUUAAGGUAGUAGGUAAAUGCAUUACAUUAAAGCUUAUGGUGCGUGCUAAAGAUGCCCCUGUUGAAACAGCUAAAUUUAUGGGACAUGGGUACUGUGAUGUUAUUAAUAAGUCUGUUUCUCUAACAUCCCCUACUAGUGACCCCCAAAUUAUAGCUAAAGAAAUAGUGUUGUUAUGUAUGAAACUAAAUAUAGAUCCUAGGGAGAUGAGAGGUAUUGGAAUACAAAUAACCAAAUUGGAGUCUGUUAACAACAGGCAAACAAAAGGUAGCCUCACCAAAUUUAUUGUAUCAGAAAAAAUUAAUAAUAAGCCAGUAAAAAAAGAAGAUUUAAAGUCAAUUAAUGACAUGCAAAAUUCUCACAUUGCAAAAACUAAUCCAGUUACCCCAAAAAAAGUAUUCCAAUCUCCAAACAUGAGAUCUCCGAUAUUAAGUAGCAAGAGGUCUCCUACAAUAGGACCAAAAAGAUCUCCCAGUAGAAAGAGAGGAAGACCUCCUAAAUCACUAAAACUUGAACAAUCAACAAAGAGUGUAAUGGAUAAAUUUUUGCAAGGAAAUUCUUCAAACACUAUUUUACAGGCUAAAGUCAGUAUGGAAAAGAAAGAAAUAAAGCAGGAAACUGUUAUAGAAACCCCAGCCAAAAAAGAAAAGGGUUUGUUAGGUUUACAUUGGGAGCAAACAAGAGAGCUACUAAGGGCUUGGUUAGAUAGUAAUCAGACUCCCAAAUUAUGUGACAUUAACAUGAUUUCAGACUACAUGUGUGACAUGGUUAUCAAUAAAAAUAUAGAUAAGCUUUAUAUUUUAAUAAAAUUUUUUCGAAGAAGGGUUACUGAAUUAAAUGACGAAAUUUGGAGUGAAGUGCAGAAUUGUAUAUUAGAGAAAGUACAAAAUACUAUGAUUGCUGUGUAUGGAAAAAAGUUAUGGUUUGAAAGUAAUUGACAUAAUAUAUUAAAUCUUACAUAAAAUAUAUAUAUUAAAUCUUACCUCACAGAUACAGGAUAAAUUUAAUUGCAGGAUUGAAACAACAUUUAUUUAAUAUUUUUUAUUUAUUUCUACUAUGUCUAUAAACAAUAUUGUAUUCAAUAAAACUGAUACCAAGCCAUUGGCAAACUUAAAUUUACCUCUCUAUUGAAGAAAUUCUUAAAAAUGUUAUAAAAUGGCAGUUAGUAAGUAUCACUCUUUUUAUAUUCAUGUACAUCAUCAAAUGUAG